AUGUAAAGAAUUAAGCAACAAAACAAUGCAUAGUAAAGUAUAAGAUAUAUUAUUUAGGGAACUAAUGAUCCAUAAGAGAAGACUAAGUGAUAUUCAACAUAGAAAGAGUUCUAUUCCAAAAUUAGAUAAAACUAUUGACAUUUAUAAGCAAAAUAGAUAUAUCACUGCUAGAAAAUAAGAAAUAAAUAGAUGGGAAGGAAUAAUGAAAUAAAAUUAGAAAUUACUUAAGAAAUUAAAUAAUGUAGAAUCUUCAUUUCAAAAAUCUGUAAAUAAUAAAUAAAAUAUUCUUGUAUUCAAGAUAAUCAAUUCGUAGUGUCAGUUCUUGUAAUUCGAGAAAAUCAAUUGAAUUUAAAGAGAAUUUACAAAAGGAAAAUGCUAGAAUGUAUUAAAAACUAUAGAAAAUGUAAGUAUUGUGGGGAAUUCAUUUUUAGAACUUCAACUUUCGAUAAGCCUAAUAAAUAAUAUUCAAGAAUUUCUAAAUCUAAUUAAAAAUUAGAUAAAUGGAAACAACCGAAUAGUUAAGAGAAAAGCUUUAAUGUUUAACCUAUAAUGAAUUAUAGAUAUUAAGGAAAGAGUUUUACAAAACACAAAAGUAUUCAUCAUUCAGGAGAUGAGAAACAAUAGAUAAUGUCAAUAAUCUAAAAAUAUCAUAAAGUUUUAGAUUAAUUACUACCUAUCAUAAAACCAAAUAAAUUUAAUAAAUGA